AUGCCUGAAUCGAGCGGCCUGGGGGCGUCAUCGCUGCGUAACAAUGCCUCCACGAAGGAGUGCUUCCCAGGCAGUGCGAAGCAACUCAAGUGGUGGCAGUGGGUGUCAGGUGACGUGCCAGGCCAGCUGUGCCACAAUAAGCGCUACCAGUACCGGUACAGCAGAGCUUACAAGACCACCGAGCUGGCACUAGGUCGCACGCCUUCAGAUGAGAGGAGUUGCCUUGGUUUCACAUUGCAUGGACAGUGA